UAUCAUUGAAUUAAUGACACAAUCUGACCAAACUGUUGAUGAUUUAUUGUUAUUAAGAAAACUAUUUAGAAUAUUAUUUUUAAAUGCACUUUACAAGGAAAAUUUAAUUUAAAAAAAUGGCUUUAGUCGCUUAUGACAAUAGCGAUUCCAGCGAGUACGAAGAUGACGAAAAUGAAAGUAAUACACAAACACGAAUAAAAAAGGAAAAUGAUACCUGUGUUGAGGAUCCUAUCAUUCAAAAUGAUCAACAAAAGUACAGUGAAAACCACAGUCUCUUUAUUCAACUUCCACAACCAUCAAGUAAGAAGAAGGUUGUCUUGGAAGAAGACGACGAGUUCCUUCAUAAAAAAGAAUUAACGGCUGAUUUAAAACCGAAAUCUCGGAUAACAAUACCGUCACUAAAUGAUUUCAAAGAUGUGGAUACCCCGAUACCAAGUUCAAAAACAAGAUCAACUAAUGGGAAAAAGUCCAGUCUCCUUAAUAUGCUACCUCAGCCAAGAAAUGCAAUAACAAUAAAGAGGACUUUGGUUCCAAAUGUAAUUGCACAGAAACCAAACACUCUUACUGCAAAAACGAAAUCAACUCUGGUAUCACCAGCAAAAACAACAAAUGUUGACACUAAGUGUUUAAUCCCUGAGAACACAGAUGAGAGUGACAAUGAUGAAGUAGAAAAUGACUUUUUUUCAAUAAACAAACCAGUUGUAGAUAUUCCGGUAGAAGAACCUUUAACUACAGAAGAAACGGUUGAAACUAUCAAAAAUCAGCCAAGAAACAUUGAGUCCUAUUUUAAGAAAGAUCAUGUUGAAUUACAAUCAGAAAUGGAAAUUGGUAAUAGUGUAGAGCAAUAUGAAAAUGUACAAAGUAUAGAAAGUAAUGAGCAUGGUGGUGGAAGAUCUAACAAUGAUGCUGUGUUGGAUGAUGAAGCUAUUCUAAAAUUAUGUGGGACUCGUGGUAAACGUAAAAGAGAAGAUAUACAAAUAGUAGACGUGAACCAACAAGAAGUCCUGAAUGAAGCACGUGAGUUGCUAAUGAAAGGACUCAUGGAAGAUACCAGUAAGCGACAAUCAGUUAGCAAGAAACGUGGCAAUGAACCUACACAUCAACAGCGAAGGAAACAUCAAAUAACAUAUUUAGCUCACCAGGCUAAAGCUAAUGAAUCAGAGCUACAGAACCAGUGGGCCAACAAUAGAAUGACAAAGAGGAAAACACAAUCGAAAUAUGGAUUUUAGUUUUCAAUCAUUGUAAAAUGUUAUGUAUAAAUCAAAUAGUUAAUAAUAAUACACAUUCUUUUGAGUAAUAUCUUUAUUUUAUACUAAGAUACUAAUUAAAUAUAUUUUAACAA